AGAAGAAGAGGUUCAGCGGAAAAGGUGGCAAAACAUUAAACACAAGUCAUUGAAGACUUUUUCUGGACAACUAAGAAUUAUUGUACUACACCGGGUGGGGUGGGGAACGUCAUUUACCCUGUAGCGCAUUAGUUGCUCGGCAUGUCGGUGCACUUCGACGAGAGGAGUGGGCUAGUGCCCUGUCAGACAAGCUGGGGCUCAUGGAGCCAAACCAUGGAGGAGGUGUUCAUCGAAGUCAACGUGCCCCCCGGGACCUCGGCCAAAGAUGUCAAGUGUCACUUGGGGGCAAGACAUCUCGAGCUCAACGUCCGAGGAGCAGAAAUAAUCCAAGGCACGUUGUUCGGCACAACUGUGUCUGAUGAGGCUACGUGGACACUUGAGGACAAAUGUCUCAUUCGAAUUGUGCUGAUGAAGACAAACAGAGAGGCGGGAAACUGUUGGUCGUCGCUGUUGGAGGGAGAGUAUUGUGCCAAUGCUUGGGUUCAGGACCAGAUGCAGAGAAAGCUUACACUUGAGAGGUUCCAGCGAGAGAAUCCUGGAUUUGACUUCAGUGGUGCAGAGAUUUCAGGAAAUUUUGCUGGAGGUGGUCCAGACUUUUCCAGUUUACAGAAGUGACCCACACAAAAACCCGUAUUGUGGAUGUCAGGUUGGCCGAAUGAACACUACUGCUGGAAUCGCAGCACACAGGACAUAUGGGUCUAAUCGUGUAAAAGACUUUCAGUGUGCAUACACUUGACUAUGACACCAGUCUUUUCCUGGUGGUUAACAAAUGAGUUGGGAGAACCUGUACUGGACCCAUUAAGAAACCAAAUGCUGCCAACCCACUGGAUGCAAAAGAUUGCUUCACCUCACCCCCUUCUCUUGAGUUUGUUCACUUUAACACAUUUGAAAGUGUGCACACACUUCAUCUGUAUUGUAAACCUGGCGAGGGGCAGGGGUUCCCCUCCACAGGCUGGCAACAUUACUACUUCUUGGACAAGUUCAGGUGUCCCAGAAUCGAGUUCUCAGGUGAAGGAGGCAAAUGAUCCGCCCUUCCCGUAUUCGCAUCUAUCCACAGAUACUGCAUGGACUAUGUAAUUAUACAACCUAACCCCCCCCCCCCAAAACACAUCCGGUGGCUGCAUACCAUAAGCAUUGUUCCCUUUUGACACACUGUUGCUUUUCAAACAAGGAUGGACUCAAAUUUUUUCAAUAAAGUUUUAUUGAAAGGUACAAGUCAAACAGUAGAUGGUGUAUUCAGUCUUUUUUUGUGGGAAUUUAAAGUGACACUUUUCAUACAACACCAACAAACAGAAAAGGAACUGCAAUGCGAAUUCCAGAUCAUAUUUCCACUUUUCAGACCAAAAGGUACCAUUGUCUUCCAAACUGAAAAUCAGGAAGAACAAGUGGCACUUCACACCGUGCCAGUUAAUCAAAAUGGUGAAAACGACUAAUCCGUAACCACUGAUUACCACUACGUCAACACCUUCAACUUGCUUUAUGAACAAAAAAAAAAAAAGAAUCACCUUGGGUAGGAGUGUGCAUUCAAGACAGUUAAGCAACCUAGGGUGGAAGUUAAGGAUUUUGGGCCCGAUUUCUUGGUUCCAUAUUUUUGUUUCUCAAAAUCCUUCUCCCUCCUCUUCCACAUGGUGGACUGAGGACCUAGGUGGUUCAAUACUUAUUAGCUUAAAAACAGGAAC